CGCUCAGAGCGCGCCCCCGCGAAUCUGACCCCUGGGGCCUGCACAGCCGGGAGCGCGUGUGGCAAGCCAAGAGAGGCCUGGAGAGGAGUCCGCCGGGGAAAAGCCCGGUCCGUCGGAGGCGCCAGGCACGAGCCGGUUUUGGCACACCUCCCGGGGCCGGGCGGCGCUCAGGGGAGGAGAAAGGGCAGCCCCAGAAGUCCCGACCCCGCCCAGGUGCAGCCCGGAGGCGUCGAACAGGCGUCGCUUUGCAGCGGCGGGAAGGAGGAAGCCGCUUUGCUUUCCAGCCUCCCGAGUUUGGAAACUUCGCGGCACGAUGAAGGCGCAGCUCGGAGCGCGUCCUUAGCAGGAGGAGGAGAAGGAGGGGCCGUGGUGAACGGUGUCAUCCUCCCGAGCUCUGAUGGGGAGCACAUUCCAGAAAUUAGCAGGAGAACAUCUUACUUGGGCCUCCUGGCAAAAACAUCAGGCAAUAAUCUAGGAGUAUAAGCAAGCUGGCCAGCAUCUCUAACAGUGUGAGCCUCCUCACAUUGGGCCAAAACAAACUGUGAGGUUCCAGUUGGGAGGCUUUUUACACCACUGAAAGGCUGAUCAUAUCAACGAAGGCCUUUUGCUGUAAGGUGCAGGCAGAGGACAAGGGAAGGGGCCUUAACACAACACCCCACCCCCACAAAUACCUUCCUUCCUCACCCAAGAGCCACCAUGGAGCAGAUCAGCUCUUUUUUCCACUCCAUCGGGACUUUCAUCCACUCAAAGCAUCAGCAGGGUGUCUAUAACACUGUCUGCCUGGCGAUACUGUUGGGGCUGCCUGUCCUUAUCUUUCUCUUCAGCUUCUUCAUCUGUUGCCACUGUUGCUGUUGCAGUCGGCAGAGAAAGGACAGUAGCAGUAGUGGCCCUGCCCACGGGAAGAAAAGGAAGAAGAAAGAAGAGGAUCUGUGGAUUUCUGCCCAGCCCAAACUGCUCCUGCUAGAAAAGAGGGCAUCCCUGCUGGUUUAGAGAGGAGGGGAGUCCAGCAGAACUGUAUUCCUUGCUUUGCUUUGUAAGACUUUGGGACUACACACGCUGCAAAUGUGAGAAGACAUCGUGUUCACGCCUCCCUUUCAAGGAUGCCACGCUGGUCCUUGUUUCACUGAAGGACUUUGAAGGAAGGAUCUGUCCAAAACCUGUCACUUAAAUGUCCCAAAAGUCCCAAGCCGGGCACAGGUUUACCAGCACACUGCUAAUGCGCUCAGGUAGCAUACCAGCAUCUAGACUAGUCCAACAUAACACUGUCCUUAAGGAGCAUUAUGCUGUCAUGAAUGGACACCUGAGCUUUUGUGCUUACAGACCUAGAUACACAGGUGAACAUGUCUUCUAGCACUCUUGCACUGACAUCUUUACGUACGCUGGCAAAUAAAAUCACUGCUGAGCAAAUGUGUAAAUGUUAGCAUGCAUUGUCAACAUACAUUCCCAUGUGCAAAAUUGGAUCUCACGUAGAUCAAGCAGUGACCUUCAUGGAGGGGUAGGUCUUAACAGCUAUAACCACAACAGAUAAAUGAACAUUCCCAAGUUCAGAGGUAAGAUACCGGGAUGGACCGGAAGUUGCCCUGUCCCUGAAGGGAAAAUCAGCUACUCAGAUGAGCCCAUUGGAGUGCUGCUCCAGCAUCCAGUCACUUUUGAGAGGGGGGAUGAGAUGUUGGAGGGAACACAGAAGAGG